AUGGCGGGUACUUGUAUUGCCACCGUUAAAAUUGUCGGUGUUUCAUCAUUAGGAUUAUUGACAUCGUCAUUAACUUAUCAAACUAUUCAAGGAAUACCAGCAUUAAUAAAUGAAUUAAAUACUAAAGUUAAUGGUUUGUCGAAACUGAAUGCUUUAGCAUCGAUUAGAAACUUGAUUAAUUUUAGUAGAAUUGGCUAUAUUUCCUUGAGUGGAUUAGCAACGGCUAUGUUGACUAUGGCGUUUAUUUACUCGCCACCAAGUGAGAAGCACCCAUAUUUGAUUUACUCGGCAGUAGGAGCUCCAUUGGCGCUCAUCUCGAUGUAUUAUCGUGGAUUUGGUUUGGAAACUAAGUUAUUGCGUAAAGCAGAUCAUUUGCAUACACACAACGCUAAUGAAACUACAAAGAAUACGGAAAAUGUGAAUGAUUCUGAGAAUGUGAAGAGUGAUGAAGAUUCACAAUUGGGUAAAUCGUAUAUUCAUGUUUCGGAUGAAGAGUCCUCAUCUACCACAUCGACGCCAACUUCAACAAUUCCAAAUUCCCCCCAGACUAAAACCGUUGAUUCAUUGCAAGAAGAAUUGUCAUUGGAAGAAGAAGUUGAUAUUGCCUUAACUAAGAAAGAAAUUGUCAAUGAUUUAAACAAAGUCAAGUCUAAUUAUGUUGUAGGUUCUUCAAUAGUCGGGCUAAGCUUCUUUAUUGCAACCAUUGGGUUGAUUGGAGACUACUACAUAUUAUGA